ACUCUUCUGACCCAGCUAAUCUCCCACUCUAGGGGGAGGAGAGGGGAGGCGGCAGGGAGAGAAACACGGGGACAGAGAGAGAGAGAGAGAGAGCGAGAGAGGGAGGGAAAACACUGGGAAGAGGGGCAGACGAAUAAAGAAUGAAGGAAUAAAGCAGAAAGAAGGGAGAGUGAGGGAGAAAGAGAGGGAGGGAAACAACAGCAGAACAGACAAGAUAAAGAGAGAUGAAGAAAAAACGAUAACGGGGACGGUUUUUGGACAACCUGCGAGAAGGAAAAGAAAGAAAGAGGAGGAGCUUAAGGAGACGGAGAGAGAGAGGACUACAGACUACAGUCUGAAGUAGUAGACCAUGGUAGAUUUGUUCCUAGGUCGUACACUAGUAUGUAACAACAGAGACCGUGUUGAGUACGAUACGGAACGGGAGGUCAUCCUCCGUCUCCAGAACCGGAUCCUGCUCCUGUUCUUCGGUUCAGUAGACAGCCAACGGUGCCAGGAGUUCGUUCCCACACUUAAGGACUUCUUCAAGCGUCUAACAGAUGAGUUCUACGUGGAACGCUCCGCCCAGUUGGUCCUUCUGUACAUCAGCCUGGACCAAUCAGAGGAGCAGCUGGAGAACCUCCUCAAAGAGCUGCCCAAGAAAUGCCUGUUCCUGACCCACAAUGACCCCUAUCGCAGAGAGCUGGAGUCUAUGUUUGAGGUGGAGGAUGUACCGAGGGUGGUGGUGCUGCGACCAGACUGUUCUGUUCUAUCUCCCAACGCUGUCUCUGAGAUAAGCAGCCUCGGAACCAACUGCUUCCACAACUGGCAGGAAUCAGCUGAGCUUAUCGACAGGAACUUCAUGCUGAACGAGGAGUUUGAUGACAAAAAGAUGCGGAGCGUCACUGACCCGAUACGCCGCCUCAAAUACAAGGUGAAGAAGAAGAAGAGGAGGAGGCAGUGGGGGUGGGGGGGUGGUGGAGCCGGAGAGGAUGAGGGAGAGAAGGAGGAGGAGGAGGACGAGGACGAGGACGAGGAGGAGGAAAGAGGAGAGAAAGAAGGAUGAGAAGCAGAAUGGAAGAGGAGGAGGAGGAAGAGGAAGAGGAAGAGGAAGAGGAGGAGGAGGAGGAGGAGGAAGAGGAGGAUGAAGAGGAGGAGCAGGUGGAGGAAGAGAAGGAGGAGGAGGAAGAGGAGGAGGAAGAGGAGGAGGUGGAGGGUGGUCCUGGGGCUGAGAUGUGUAUAAUAUUGUGCGUGUGUAUAUAUCUUGUGUAUAUAAAGGGGAAGAGGAAGAAUGAGAAAAGAAGGUGGGACUCCACUCCACUCCUCUUAAGCACAGGCCAAUCAUGUGAAUUAUCUCCAAGUACUGGUUGGUUCUGUCAAGACAGACCUCUUGAUUGGUUGAUUGUCGCUUCUGUUAAUGACUGGAUUGCUGAUGCUGCCAAGACAAUUGUUGUGUCACAAGUGGCACCCUUUUCCCUUUAUAGUGCACUAUUUAUGAUUAGGGCCCAUAGAGCUCUGGUCAAAAGUAGCGCACGAUGUAGGAAUGUAGUGUGACAUUAGGGACUCUGCCAACAAUGCUGAUGCUAACUAACGAUUAGCAAUGACUAAAUAAUAUGAACUGAUGCUAACAAGCGAUUAGCAAUCACUGAAUAAUAUGAACUGAUGCUAAUUGAUGCUAACUAGUGAUUAGCAAUGACUGGAUAAUAUGAACUGAUGCUAAUUGAUGUUAACUAACAAUUAGCAAUAGGUGGCUAAUAUGAACUUAAUUAAUAAUUGAUGCUAACUAUGGAUUGGCAAUCGUUGAAUAAUAUGAACUGAUGCUAACUAGAAAUGAGCAAUGACUGUAUAAUAUAUAAUGUUGCAAAUAGCAAUGGUUGGAUAAUAUUGUCACUAGUUACUAUCCAUAGUGUUGUGGCGUGACGUUGCCAGAACAGAAGACUGCUUCUGCAGGUCACCUCAAUGCUUUACGCUGAGCAUUAACAACGGAUUGUUAUGUACAUUUUCCAAUGUGUAUAUAAUUUAUGUUGAUAUAUUCAUAUUAAAACAUAAAUCAACGAAUCAUUGUCAGUAAAGGACUUGGUUCUUCAUCAUUCAUCUGGAUGAUGAUGAUGACGAUGUUGUUGUUAUGAUGAUGUAAUAAACAUGGCAGAAGCCU